GCGGAAGUUGCCUGGAGCACUUUCAGUUUUGUUUCUCCUCAGGUCCGCGCUGCCCUAGAGGAUUCCGGGCUCCUCGGCCCUGCUGGGACAGGAGGUCGUGGCUUCUCCUCGGUAGCGCAGGCUGGGCCAGAACUCACUGUGUCGCCCUGACCUGCCACCAGGUCUUUCCGCUGCUCGCCUGGUCUCGGCCGGCGCCGCGCGAAGCUCCCCACGCCCAAGGCCGGUGCAAGUGAAGAGACGCAGAGGACGCAGAGGCGCGGAGCGGCCGUCCCCGGGCGCCUGGCAGCCACAGCCGAGCACUCCUAGCAUGGCGGCGCCCUGGUCCCCGCCGAGCCUGCUGGAGGCGCUGAGCGGCGACUUCCUGGCCUGCAAGAUCUGCCUGGAGCAGCUGCGCGCGCCCAAGACGCUGCCGUGCCUGCACACGUACUGCCGGGAGUGCCUGGCGCGGCUGGCGGCGGGCGGCCGCGUGCGCUGCCCCGAGUGCCGGGAGGCGGCGGCGGUGCCCGCGGGCGGCGUGGGCGCCUUCAAGACCAACUUCUUCGUCAGCGGCCUGCUGGACCUGGUGCGCGCCCGCGCCGCCGGGGACGCGCCGUCGAGCGAGGGCGCGGAGGGCCGGCUGUGCGCCGCCGACGCGUCUCGGGCGCGCACCGACGGCCUGAGCACCGACGGCCCGAGCCGGGGCGCGCCCCGGGAACAGGCGUGCGCGCCGCGGCCGGCGCUGGCGGCGCUGCUGGCGGGCGCGGACGGCGAGCUGGCGGCGCUGGCGGCGCGCGGCGAGGAGGAGCGGGCGGCGCUGGCGCUGCUGCGGGAGCGCGCGGCGGACGCGGGGGCCCGGGCGGAGGCGGCGGCCGAGCGCCUGGCCCGGGCGCUGGCGGCGCAGAAGCGGGAGGCGCUGAGCCGGCUGAGCGCGCACGUCGAGGCGGCCGAGGCGGAGGCGCGGGAGCGGCUGGCGGCCCUGGAGCGCCGCGAGCGGGUGGCCCGGGAGGCGGCCGCCCUGGCGCGCCGCGUGCUCGCCCUAGGCCCGGAGGCCGAGGUCCCCGCGCUGGAGGACGCCGUGGCGCGCCGCCUGCGCCAGCUGCAGGACCGGCCCCGCAGCCCCGCGCGCCCGCCCCGCCUGCCCCGCCUGGAGCUGCACCCGGGCGUCGAGGACGGCUCGCUGCUGCUGCUGCGGCUGGCCUUCGACGAGGAGGACGAGGAAGGGGAGGAGGGGCAGAAGCGUGGGGAGGACGGCGCAGAGGACAAGGAGGACAAGGACGAGGAUGGAAAGGACAAGGAGGAUAAUGGCGCUUCAGAGGAUGAGGACCAGGACCUGGACGGCGCUCACAGCGCGCGAGGAGACACCCCCAGCCCCGCCGCGCGGCCUCCAACGGCCCGGGACGCGCACGAGGACCACGAGGCCCGGGUGGAGCGGGGCGGCCGCGCCGCCAGAAGGAGGCGGGCCCGGGGCCGGAGCAGGCCGGCCGAGGCCCGCGAGCCCAGCCCGGUGCCCAGGCCGCCCCCUGACGGCUCGGGGCUGCCGCGGCCCGCUUUCGCCUGGAGCUUCCCCACGCGCAUGCCCGGGGACAGGCGCGCCCCGCGCAUCACCGGGCUGUGCGCGCACGGCCCGCAGGAGGUGCUGGUAGCAGACGAGCAGAACCGCGCGCUCAAGCGCUUCUCCCUCCGCGGCGACUACCGCGGCGCCGUGCCCGUGCCCGACGGCUGCGCGCCCUGCAGCGUGGCCGCCCUGCGCGGCGCCGUGGCCUUCUCCGCGGGCGCGCGCCUCUACCUCGCGGGCCCCGACGGCGCCGUGCGCUGGCGCCGCGCGCUCAGCCUGGCGCAGGCCAGCCACGCUGUGGCCGCGCUGCCGUGCGGGGAGCGCGUGGCGGUGAGCGUGGCCGGCCACGUGGAGGUCUACAAGGCCGACGGCAGCCUGGCCACGCGCUUCCUCCCCGGCGGCGGCGCCCGCCGCGGCCAGCGCGCGCUCGUCUUCCUCGCCGCCCACCCCGACGGCGGCUUCGUGGCUUCCGACUGGCAGCGGGGCAGCGUGCUGGCCUGCGACGCGCAGGGGCAGGUGAGCUGGGAGUACUCGGGCCCCGGCCUGCACGGCUGCCAGCCAGGCUCCGUGUCCGUGGACGGGAGGGGCUUCACGUUCCUCACCCUGCGCGAGGUAAACAAGGUGGUGGUCCUGGACCCCCGGGGCGCGCUGCUCGGGGACUUCCUCACGGCCUACCACGGCCUGGAGAAGCCGCGCGUGACCACCAUGGUGGACGGCGAGUACCUGGUGGUCUCGCUGAGCAACGGCACCAUCCACGUCUUCAGGGUCAAGUUCCCCGACAGCUAGAGGGCCAGGGGCCACGGCGACCUCCAGCCCGCAAAGCGUGUGCUCCCGUGUGCUGUGGACGCCUCGGCCUCGGCUCGCCCCCACGCGUGCUGGCUCUCAUGUGGUUCCCACUGCUCUGGCCACCGCCGUAGAGCUUAGGAGUCUUGAGGUUUAUCUGCGAUUCUUGCUUGACAUUCUUCAAAUCCAUUCCCAGGAUGGAGUCCUGAUUCUAUGUAGAGCCCCUGCCUAGAGUCCCCCAGUGAGGGGCUGGGGUGUGGCUCAGUGGUAGAGCCCCUGCCUAGAACCCCCCAGUGAGGGGCUGGGGUGUGGCUCAUUGGUAGAGCCCCUGCCUAGAGUCCCCCAGUGACGGGCUGGGGUGUGGCUCAGUGGUACCUGCCUAGAAUCCCCCAGUGAGGGGCUGGGUGUGGCUCAGUGGUACCUGCCUAGAACCCCCCAGUGAGGGGCUGGGUGUGGCUCAGUGGUACCUGCCUAGAACCCCCCAGGGAGGGGCUGGGGUGUGGCUCAGUGGUAGAGCCCCUGCCUAGAGUCCCCCAGUGAGGGGCUGGGUGUGGCUCGGUGGUAGAGCCCCUGCCUAGAAUUCCCCCAGUGAGGGGCUGGGGUGUGGCUCAGUGAUACCUGCCUAGAGUUUCCCAGUGAGGGGCUGGGCUGUGGCUCGGUGGUCGAGGAUUUUCUAGCCUGUGUGACGUUCUGAAGUCAAUUCCUAAGCACACCGUCCUCCCUGAAAAACAAAUGAACAAGGGUGUUUUUCGUGGAGCCGUGGAGGGUCCCCAGAGACUGGCACGUGUUACUGUCCAGGCAAAGGAAGAGCCAGCAUGCACAUCAUGCCAUGGUCACCAGGGUGGGAACAGGGCGAGAACUGAACCUUCUCACUGGGGAAGGUGGGGCUGGAAGGUCAGAGGUCUCGGAACAGCAAUGACACUGACCAGUUCUGCCAGCUCACCGGGGACACACCCGCAGUGAGGCGUGGGCUGGGCCUCCAGGGGUCGAGGGUCAGGGAGUGCCAGCACACUCAGCCCCCAGAUGCGCCAUUAAAGCCAGGCGUGGCCUCACACACCUGUGACCCGAACUUGGGAAGCUGAGGCAGGAGGAUUGUAUGUGUGAGCCUCACCGGGGCUACAUGCAGAAGCCGUGCCAACGCUGAACUCCCUGCAGCCCAGAGGCGGCCGCCUCUCAGAAGUGGCCUCCUGCGACUCGGGCCCUGCAGCAGGGGCAGAGCGCCGGCGAGAAGGGGCCCAUGACUUCCCCCCGGGGUAGUGCUUCCCCCCGGGGGAGGACCAAGGCACAGACCGACAGACUGCCAGCCCUCAGCCCAUCGGCCAUCAGCCCUCAGCCCUCAGUUCUCAGCCCUCAGCCCUCAGUUCUCAGACUCAGCCACCAGCCUCCAGCCCUCAGCCCUCAGUUCUCAGCCUCAGCCACCAGCCUCCAGCCCUCAGCCCUCAGCCCUCAGCCACCAGCCUCCAGCCCUUAGCCCUCAGCCCUCAGUUCUUAGCCUCAGCCACCAGCCUCCAGCCCUCAGCUUCAGCCUCAGCCCUCAGUUCUCAGCCUCCAGCCCUCAGCCCUCAGUUCUCAGACUCAGCCACCAGCCUCCAGCCCUCAGCCCUCAGUUCUUAGCCUCAGCCACCAGCCUCCAGCCCUCAGCCUCAGCCCUCAGUUCUCAGCUUCCAGCCCUCAGACAUCAGUUCUUAGCCUCAGCCACCAGCCUCCAGCCCUCAGCCCUCAGUUCUCAGCCCUCAGUUCUCAGCCUCAGCCCUCAGUUCUCAGCUUUCAGCCCUCAGUUCUCAGCCUCCAGCCCUCAGUUCUCAGCCACCAGCCUCCAGCCCUCAGCCCUCAAUUCUCAGCCUCAGCCCUCAGUUCUUAGCCUCAGCCUCCAGCCCUCAGUUCUCAGCCUCAGCCCUCAGUUCUCAGCCAUCAGCCUCAGCCCUCAGUUCUCAGCUUUCAGCCCUCAGUUCUCAGCCUCAGCCCUCAGUUCUCAGCCUCCAGCCCUCAGUUCUCAGCCACCAGCCUCCAGCCCUCAGCCCUCAAUUCUCAGCCUCAGCCCUCAGUUCUUAGCCUCAGCCUCCAGCCCUCAGUUCUCAGCCUCAGCCUCCAGCCCUCAGCUCUCAGUUCUCAGCCUCAGCCCUCAGUUCUCAGCCUCAGCCUCAACCUCCAGCCUCAUCCUCAGCCCUCAGCCCUCAGCCUCAGCCUCAACCUCCAGCCUCAGCCCUCAGCUCUCAGUUCUCAGCCUCAGCCACCAGCCCUCAGCUCUCAGUUCUCAGCCUCAGCCACCAGCCCUCAGUUCUCAGCCUCAGCCGCCAGCUGACACCUCCCAGGUUGGGCCUGAGAAGCCAGCACGAAGGUGUGACGCUGGUGGGCGUGACUGGUGGAGCCGCAGGUGUGCUACGGCUGUCGUGAACCCUGACACCGGCAUGGUCCACGGCCGCCCGAAAUGCCCAGGAGGCCCAGCGAGCUGACGGGGGGCCAGGCUGGCCGAGGCCCACCACGCCGCCUGUGCCCCCAGGGAGAGGUCGGGGAGGACGGCGGGGGAGCCUCGGGGCCUUCCCGGGCUGGACCUGCCAGAGACAGACGCCAGCAGCUCCCAGGCCGAGGUCUGGGGUCAGCGACCGACAGCUGGCCGGCGGCCGGGAGGAGCUGGCGCUGCGGGCUCCGCGCGCCGCCCUCGCAGCGGCGGGGGCGAGGAUGGUGGGGUGGCGCACGGCCGCCGGCCACCCAGCCUCCUGCCCCGGCCGCGGGAUCGGGCACGGCCGCCGGCCACCCCAGCCUCCUGCCCCGGCCGCGGGAUCGGGCACCAUCGCCGAGAGGACGGUGACCUCCAGCUUGCCUGGCGCCGGCCGAGCCACUCGCCAGGUGAAGCGGCCCCACGCGUGCCGCAGCCGCCAGCGCAGGGCCGAGGGCGCGCCCCGGUGUCGAGCCCUGGCUCUCUCUGGAGAGGGACUCCCAGCCUCUGGCUCGGCGCGGAGGCAGCGGCGACGCCGGGGUGCAGGCGGGGGGGUAUACGUAAAAACUGGGGGCCACCAGACGCGGGCGGGCCGGCGGCCUCGGGGCCCGUCAUCCAGGGCCUCCAUAGGCUGCUCGUGGCUUCUGCUCGCCUGCGUGGGGCGGGGGGGGGGACACGGAAGGCUGAGGUCCGCUGCGGGCGUGGGGGAUGGAGGGACAGGGCCUCGGGGAGGGGCCCGGCGCAGGGGGAGCGGGGGGCGAGUGUGUUAGAGGGCCGUGGUGACUCGUGCUGGCGGGACCCGGGGCCUGGGGGACCAGGCCAGAUGCAGGUUUAGGGUAGAGGAAGGAUGUCAUUUCCUGUGUGCGGAAACCAGAGCAGGACGUCGGUGUCCAGAUGGUCAGCUGUGAUUACAUGUGAAUGUUUUUGGUUGUUGUUGAGGCAGGGUGUCUCCGUGUAGCCCUGGCUGUCCUGGACUCACUCGGUAGCCCAGGCUGGCCUUGAACUCAGAGAGAGCCCCUGCCCUACCUCCCCGAGUGCUGGGAUCACAGGCGGCGCCACUGGAAGUUUAGACUGGAAACGGAGGGUCCCGCUUUGGGGAGAAUAUUCCGGGAAGGACAUUCGGAGAUCUCUGCGCUGCCGCCAUCGGCUGGAACCCGCUCCGCGGGCUGCCGGCCGGUCUGCUCCAGGAGCCAACGUUUGGGAGGAAUGGGGUGUGACGCGGUCGUGAGGGAGGAGGGGCGCAGAGCUGGGGGUGGCUCAGAGGGUGAGAAUACUCACUCUCCACGCGGGAGGCCCCAAGUUCGAAUCCCCAGCACCAUCAGAAGCCAGGCCAGGCCACGCACAGCGCGCUGCAGGCUGGGCCAGGGUCUAAGGCCUGUUUGCGGCCAGGCUACUGCCAGGCUCCGAGAGACUGUGUCUCAGUAAAGGGUGGCAGCGAAGGGCAUGGCAUCUGCAGGCCCUGGGCACGCGCAGGGAGAGCCUGGUUGAUGGCUGGUGGUUGGCUGGUUGGCUAUUUGGCUGGUUGGUCGGUUGACUGACUGACUAGCUGGUUGACUGACUGACUAGCUGACUGACUGACUAGUUGACUGACUGACUGACUAGCUGACUGACUGAGCGGCGGGCGAGCGGGCUGGUGGAUGGACUCUGGUCGCACACGCCAGCCGCAGGCAGACUGUCUGAGCAGCUGCCGGGCAGAUGGGAUCCCUGAUCUGUGAAUAGUGAUGUCCGCGGUUCGGUCCUUGGGUGGUUUUAGGCGCUACUCACGCCUGCGCAUUUCUCUCCGUUAGUGUGGUCUGCUUGAAUAGGUCAAGGAAAUGUACUUGUGGAAGUAAUCUUUAGGAAUAACUGGCUCCUGCCGGGGUUGGUGCGCUCCGUUAACUUCGGCACAUGGGGGAGGCAGGAGGAUUGUAGCUUGGAGACCAGGUGGCCUCCACGGGUGAGGGAUGUGUGUGAAGUCUUGUGGAGUUCUCCCACCAUGGGGGGGGGCUUCAGAGCUAAGUGGGAUCCGAGGAUUGUUCGGAGGCCUAGAUAGUGUGUGAGUGUGUGUGAGAGAGAGAGUGCGUGUGUGUGUGAGUGUGUAUGUGAGAGAGAGAAUGCAUGUGUGUGAGAGAGAGAGUGUGUGUGUGUGCAUGUAUGUGUGCCUGAUAGCUGGUUGUAAGUGCUCAAGAAACAUCUGUGAAGUGAAUUAAUGUCUGCAGAGGGAUCAGACGUCGCUCUGUCUCCAAAGGCUUCCUAACUCAGGAUCCGCAACCAUAAGCCAAACUGCAGAAAUCUUGGUUGUGGGAAGUCUCCAGCAGGGGGCACUGUUGUGCCUCCCAAGGAGCGAUUUCAAAAACUGGAGGAUUGGGGCGUCCUCUGCUUUAGUAGAGGGAGAAGGGGAGAAGGGACGGUGGGGGUGGGGUAGCAGCAGAGCUGCAGAGGUCUCCGGAACCUGCAGCAAGGGUAACUCAGUGAGAGAGGCCUUCAGAGAUGAGGCUGGGCCUGGUGGCGCAGGCUGUGGUCCCAGCAAAUGGGGAGGCUGAGGCGGAGGGACAGCAGAUUCAAGUCCUGCCUGGCAUCCCAGAAAUGAAAAGUAGAAGAGGGCUUGUGCUGGAGCUCGGGGGUAGAGGGUGUGCCUAGACACCCCCCCCAGUGAGGGGCUGGGUGUGGCUCAGUGGUCACCUGCCUAGAAUCCCCCAGUGAGGGGCUGGGGUGUGGCUCAGUGGUAGAGCCCCUGCCUAGAAUCCUCCAGUGAGGGGCUGGGGUGUGGCUCAGUGAUAGAGCCCCUGCCUAGAGUCCCCCAGUGAGGGGCUGGGUGUGGCUCUGGUAGAGGUUGGCCUUGUUGGAUACCAGAAAGGGGGUGGUCUCCUGAUUCUGAAAGAGAACCCACAAAUGCUUAAGACACAGAACCAAGGGCUUCUCGGGGACCCUGCCAAUGAAGGGACAUGCUAAACUUGUGAUUUGUUUUACUCAGUGUUUGUUUGAUUUUUAGGAAGUCACACAGACAAGCCACUCACCAGGGGACACGUGAGCACAGAAGCGAAAGGGACCAGGGCCAGCGGCUGAGAGUUGGGGCGCAGCUGUGGUGGUUGAGGACCCGCUUGACCAUCGACGUUUUAGAGAAGUUCUUUUUUGAACGGCGAGUGGCCCUUCAUGGUCUAGAGAGAGCAGGAUUGCGGGAUUUGUUGUUGAGGGCGCCAUUUCCUUCAUCUCCGCGGCACCGUGCGGAGGAGGAGGGAGGCGAAGGCGGUUAUAAGGAGCUGGGUGCUGAGGAUCUGAGUGCUGGGCGUCUGGAGGCUGAGGGUGGGGGCGGGACCGCUGGGCGUGGCCAAGGGCACGGACUGGCACACCCAGCCGACUCUGGACUUAGUUUACCAGAACACACCAGGAAAGAGGGAGCGUGAGCUCUCUAAGGGCUUUGGGCGGAUCAGAGGGGCAGUGGCAUCCGAGGAGGGGGCGGGGAGCCCGGGCCUGGCGGGAAGCGCGGGGUGGCCAGCGGGGGGUCAGUGAUUGACUGGGGCCCGGUGACGCCUCGGCGCGUGCGGAGCCCCCGAUUCUCAAUAGAGUUCUCUGGACCCAUCUCCCCACUUCUGUGGAGUGGCCUUGUCUGCUUCCUACACGUGACCGAAAGCAUUAUGGGAAAGAGAGGCUUUUGGGGCGGGAACCACGGAGGCAGGAACUGGCGUGCUGUGUGACCUUCGCCCUGUGUGCGCCCUCCUGACGGUGCGCUCAGAGGCUCAAGUCAAGUGUCCCAGGACGCAAAUUACAGAUGCUUGUGAGCCGCCGUGUGGGUGCCUAACCCUAACACACGCGGAGCCUGGCUCGAGCCGGCGAGGAGCCUGGCGGGGAAGGUGGGUGCAGAUGGCGGUGCCCGGCCUCGGCACCCAGGCGGUGGCGGGAGAGGAGGGACCCGGUGGGAAGCCGCUGUGGCGCGCUCUUCUGGCUGGCUCUAGCUCAGCCGGGUCAGAGGUCGCUACCCUCUCCACCAACCGCGCUCAAGUGCCUGUUUCUCUGGCUGCUGGGCCGAUCCGGAAGUCGGGCAGGCCGGCGCCGUGGGGAGGGAGUCUGGACGGAGUUCUGCUCCUGGCCUUGGUAGAUUCGGUCUAAUCUAAAGUUGGUUUCUCAGGACCUGCCUUGGCUGUGCUCUGUGCCUGGGGACUGCACAGCUGGGUCCCUGGACGCCUUCAGAUGACGCGAACGCUGCUGUGUGGGAGACCAUUUGUGACCCUCUGCUCUAGAGGUGUGCGCUUUGCCUCAAUAAACGAGACCGAUCAGAAA